AUGGCCGAAGCCCCUGCCACUCAAGUCACCCAAAAUGGCGCGUCCACUACGCAGGUCGAAGAAACCCCCGGAUUCAAGGUCUUCGCGGGUAAUCUUGCGUACAGUACUACGGAUGAGGGGCUUAGGGCUUUCUUUGCGCCCGUUGAGAAGGACAUUCUCACCGCCCAAGUCAUCUUGAGGGGCACCCGUUCUGCGGGUUAUGGAUUUGUCGCUCUCUCUAGCGCAGAGGCUGCUCAAAAGGCUGUCGAGCAUCUUGACAAGAGCGAGCUCGACGGUCGUCAGGUAGUCGUCGAGAUUGCCAAACCGGCUGACCAGAAGGACAAAGAGAAGAAGGAGAGGAAGCCCAAGAGAAGGCCCGGCAGGCGUGGCAGCAAAGCUGUUCCCGGAGAGGUCUCGGAGGCAGAGGCUAAUGGCGACGCUACCAAGCCUGAAGAUACUGAGGCCACCGGCGAGGCGGCCAAGCCCAAAAAGAAGAAGAAGAAGUCCGCUCGUAAGGCCAGGAAAGUUAGGCCUGAAGGCGAGGCUUCCGAUGCCGCUGCUCCUGUUACUGAAGGUGAAAGUGAAGGUGCGGAGAAGAAACAGCCUCGCCCUCGCAAAGCUCGUGCUGCUCGUCCUCCUCGCCCUGCUGGCGAGGACCCCGAAGGCGAGCUCUCUAAGACCAUGCUUUUCGUUGCCAACCUUGGCUUCAACAUUGACGACGCUGGCCUUGCCACCCUGUUCACUGAGGCCGGUAUCGUUGUCAACUCCGCUCGUAUUGUUCGCCGGAGCUGGGGUCACCCCCGACGAAGUAAAGGUUACGGUUUCGUCGACGUUGGCAGUGAAGAACAGCAGAAGAAGGCGAUUGAGGUUCUCCAGGGCAAAGACGUUGGAGGUAGGCCUAUCGCCGUCAAGAUUGCCGUAAACCCUCCUCAGGAAGUGGCCAAAGAAGGGGAAGCUAUCACUGAUGCUGCCCCUGCUACAACCCCCGCCCCUGCUGUCUCAACUGUAGCGGCUUAA